AUGCAGUCGUCUCUCUUCCUCGUGGCCCUUCUUGGCCUGGUCCUCAGCGCGCCGUUGAUGCCGCACACUAUCGAGGACCGGGCCCUCAUCAACAUCAGCCCGGACCUGGACAUAUCCAUUACGCACAAAGACAACAAUGAGUGCAUUGGCAUUGGCAUCUCCGUCUGCGACCCCAUCAACGUCAAUGGCACUCAAAAUGCAGCGGAUACCUCUGACGACUCAUCAAACACCUCGUCCUCAGACGAUGAGUCGUCUAGCAGCACGAGCAGUGGUGGAGAUGCCUUGAUCAACAUCAGCCCUGAUCUGGACAUUGACAUUGACGACUCUGGGAACAACGAGUGCUUUGGCAUCGGCAUCUCGGCUUGUGACCCUAUCAAUGUGAACGGUAACCAGAACACGACUUAA